AUGUCGCGUGAUCGUAACGAGAAACGCUUAUUGUCAAUACAUGAACUCGAGAUCAAAAGACAACAUGUUCUGCAUGAGAUCGAGAUGAUUCAUCGCGAUGAGGAGGCGCGACUGAUGAAACUGAAAGUGCUGUCUUCCAAGGACGAGAACGCGCGUCUGAAAGAAGCGGCCGGCAACAAAGGAGCCGAAAGCCAAGAACUCGCCAACUUACUCGCUACGCUACGUCAAGAGCUCCAUGAGGCGCACCACGCAGCGCGAGGGCAGGAAGCCAAGUCAAAGAAGCAGAGCAACGAAAUUGCGGCCCUCAAGGUUGAGCUAGAAUCUCUCAGAGGCUCAGUGCAAGAUUCUGGACAUAUUCUCCAAGAAAAGCUCACCCUUGCGCGUGAGCUCGAUCGCCUACGUCCUGAAAUAGAGCACCUGCGCUCGCAGUUAUCCAGCCAUCGAUCGGUCAUUGCUGAGAAACAUGCUCUCCAACGACAAGUUGAUACUCUGGAAGUGGAACUCGAUAACCAAAAGCGUUCUAAGCAGAAGCUGCAGGAUGAAGAGCAGAAGCAAGCACUUGAUGAGCUAAGGUCGCAGCUCGCCGACGCAGAGAGGAUGAUUGCUGCAGAGAAGCGCGAGAGCGAGAAAGUCGCCAAGGCAGACGAAAAUACCACCGCAGAAGUGAGUAGCAACAUGGAACGCCUUGAGGAGCGGGCAGUCGCAAUGAAGGAGAAGGUCAAGAGUCUGCAACAGGACCUUAAGAAAGUCAGGGGGGAACUUGAUCAAGAGCGCGCUGCGCACGAGGCCACGCGCCUAGCGAUGCAAAAGCUAAAGAAACCGACACAACAAGCAGUGCCUGCGGCUAAGAAACGAAAGGUCGAGGAAAGUAGCUUUGCCGACAUCACAAUCGAAACACCUGGCAACGAGAGUCAGCAUGAAAAACACGGGGUCAAGAAACGAGGAUUCAGUCAUGCGCCAAUGGGCGAGAAAUCCCACUUCUCGGUCACACCCUUCUUGAACCGCAAGAAACCUAUCGAGGAGGAACUCGAGCUCGAACACGAAGAUGCUACAGCAAGUAUGGUGCCAGACGAUCUAACGGCGGUGUCAGAGGCUGAGAACAUGGCGAAUGAAUCCGCGGAGGAGGAGCGACCAGCCAAGACGAAGGCCCGAGGAAAGGCCCCAGGCAAACGGCUGGCAGACAUCGACACUGAACCGAUGGCGAUGGAUGGGCAGGAGAUGGCUGAAGCUGAUCCUGUGCCCCAAGUGCGCCCAGAAACCGGACAACCAGCAAAGCCCAAAACAAAGCUCGCCCAAGCCGAUGCCUAUCAACUUGGGCAACCCACGGCAAAGCGAGCUCCCCCAGCUGAGAUUGAUGCCAAGAGGAGGAAACGUAAGCUGGGAGGGAACAGCACUUUCUUUGACGAGGAGGACGAAGCCGAUGAGCCCCCAGCGCCCUCUUUAGCAAAGCCAAAUCUUGCCGGAAAGCGCAAGAAGACGCAGCUGGGCGGCGUUGCCAAUGCUUUCGCCAAGACGACUUUCUCGCCUCUUAAACGUGACAGGCCAAAGGGGCUGUCAAGCAACGCGUGUGCCAGCGCCAUGGCCUCGGCGCAGAGCUUCACUGUAGCGAACCUCUGUCUGCGCGGCCUUUCGAGGCUCAAUACCGCCUUUCACAGAGCCCAGUCGCAUUCUUCACGGCAGCCUGUGCGAUGUGCUUCGUCGACAUCGCGAUGGAAACAGCGCCAGGGACGCGAUGCCUACGCCAAGGACGCCAAAGUCCAGGGCCUGAAGAGUCGCGCCGCCUUCAAGUUGCUUGAACUCAUGUGCUCGAAGGGUUAUGCGCCAGGCAGCUGGUCCCAGGUCGCGUUGGAGCGCACGAAACCACAUGGCAAGGUUAUAGGCAUUGACCUGAUUCCUGCGCAAGCGCCCCGUGGUGUUAUCACAUUCCAAGGCGACUUUCUGUCACCAAUGGUGCAGAAGCUCGUUAAAAACUUGAUUACAGAAACAGAUCGACGCAAGCCAAAGACACAACCGCCCGCAAGCACCGACGACGAAAACAUCGCGGACGAGACCGCCAAGAUCGCAAUUGAGCGGCCAAGCUACAUUGACCUGGAACGGCAUGCCAGUCAGAGUACCGGAGAUCUGCCAGAGGAAACAGGAUCAAGCCAAGGACGCCUUGUAGAUGUUGUUCUCAGUGAUAUGUCAGCACCCUGGGACCAAACCUCCGGGUUCAAUAUGAACACAAUGAGUAAUCCCUAUCAUAGGCUUAUGAACACGAGCGGCGUCGCUUUCAGAGAUCACGCUGGAAGCAUGGAUCUAUGUAACACCGCUCUGGAAUUUGCCAGUGACACCCUGAGACCGGGUGGCCACUUUGUCUGCAAAUUCUAUGCCGGGUCUGAGGAUAAGGCGCUCGAGCAAAGACUCAAAAAGCUCUUCAGCAGGGUAUACAGGGAGAAACCAGAGUCGUCAAGAAGCGUGCGCGCCCACUCUGUCGUGACAUUGGGUGUUCGUUCGGCUAACGACAGCAGGAAAGCAAGGAGGCAUACCUAA